UAUUUUAGUGGACCACUCACAUGGGUGCUGGAAUCUAUAUAUCUACCCUCUUUCUGCUCUCCCGGGCUCAGAAAAAGACGUCUGUGGGUAUUUGUCACCUACCGUAUAAGGUAAGAAGUUUUACUUUAAAUAUCACAGAACAUGGACAAAAACACAUCAUUGACGCUUUUUAUGGAUCAAAUAUUUGAUCGUAUUCUUGUUAAAAGUGAACAGAAUAUACUCUUACAGUAAAAAUUACACUUUUGACUUUGGUCUGACAGUAUUUAAACCUUUUUUGCUUGUCAACGAAAAGUCUUUUCAACAGUAAAAGGAUCCUCCUCGUGUGUGUGUGUGUGUGUCAGGACCAGUUGUAACUUUUUGGUUCAAAUUUCAGAUCAGCUGGUUUUCUCUGAUUUGUGACAGACAUAAAGGACAUAUAUGUGAUUUUGAUUUAUGUUUUUCUUUUUUGCUGCUAAUUACCAUUGCUUUCAUUCAGACCCGCUUUUACAUAAAUGUGAUUGACUGGAAUUAAAGAAGGUUAGCUUAGAGUAAAUUAAUGUUAUAAUGUCUAAAAAUAUUUGUAUCACAAAGUCUCCUGCACUGUUUUGCUUGUGUCAAAUCACUUUGCACGUAAAAGUAUUUUUAGUUUUGUUCGACUCAGUAUUUUGUGAGUCCAAGGUUUGACCUUAAGACAAUGUCAUAUAUUUUUUGUGUCACAAGUUAUAGAUCUGUCAGUGCUAUGUAGUGUUCCCCCAACCAGGAGUGAUAAAUAUUUUUUCUUUUUUUGGCUCUCAUUUAUGUCUUGCUUUUUUUUUUCACAAGUAAGAAUAUAUUUCGACCUAAAAACAAACAAACAAACAAAAAACCCUGGCAUUUAAUGUUUGUCGUGUUGUCUGGAUUGAUAGAUUGAACAGCACAGACACACAGAACUGCAGCCAUGUCUGAAGCGUAAGUAUCAGCUUGCAGUUUACAUCCAUUCAAAUAAUCAAAUCAUCAUGUCAGUGAAAUCACAAAAGUUGAAACCUACCCUUUUUCUCUCUUUCUUAUUGAAAUGUGGGCAACACCUUUGUGACUGGACAGCGCUCCGGUGAGUGGAUUCUACUGUGAAAAAUAGAAUAGAUAAUAUAAAAUAAGAGGGGCACCAAAGUUAAUAUGGAAAGUUCCUUACAGAAGUUUUAAGCAGUGAAUAAUAACUAGGGCUUGAUCACCUUUACAUUUUUAAGUUAGUCAAAUUACACUCCAGAUUAAGACAGUACUGUAUAUGUAAGCAUAUUUUGUACCAGGAUUUUAUUUACGGUAUAUUAUCACUUAAAAUAGACUGUGUACACACACAAUAAUUGGAUAUUCGUUCUCUUCUUCUCCAGAAACCAAAGCCAAAAAUCUCUGCGUCUCGCAGACUGUUCUUAAAGGUAUUUAACGUGUUUCUCAAUUAUAAUGCUGUAAAAACAUUACAGUAAACCAUCCAUUGCCUGGUUGACCAUGGUGUUGUUUUGUGUACACUCCAGACCAAACUGCUAAAGAAAGCCAUGACUAUGUUAGAGAAGGACAAGCAAACAAAAAAAGAUGACCGGGAGAGGAUCCUUGCUGAAAGAGUACCAGGACUCCAACUGUCAGGCCUGUCUGUGCAGGAUCUACAGGUAUAUACAUCACUAUAUCACUUUAACCACCAGGAGGGUUAAAGUUGUUUUGACUUUUAGAAUCUGAUCAUAAACCUGCAUGAACAUUUUCAAAGAAAUAUUACAACCUCAUAACUUUUUUCAACCUUGCCCUAGUGAUAUCUAGCUUUAGAAAAAAACAUACAUGUAAUCAUAGAUGUUUCGAGUUAUCCUUCAUUGAAUUCUGCUGAAAACUAAAUAAGUCAUUUGAAUGUAAUUUAGUUUGUCACCUCAAAGCAUUAACAACUUGCUGGUGUGCAAGUACAUCUAACUGUUGAUUCUGAAAUAAGGACUUUUGGGGGGCCGAAUGAGUCACCUGGUUUUCAUCCCUAUCAACAACCUAAAUAAUUAGCCUCAUAGCAUUGAGUAAAGUUUCUCAAAUGAAAGAUCCUAUGAGAAAAGCCCUUUGUGAUACCCAUAUAAAUUCCCCAGGAUGAGUUUUGUUUUUUAAUCACAAGACACAGAUGAAGCAUGUCUAAGGCAAAAACUGCAUUGUCCACUGGGGGCACCAAAAUUUACACAAACCAAAAGUUCCUUACAGGAGCUUUAAUAAACAGCCCCUCAAUGUGAAGAGCUAAUAAAAAACACUCACAGUUAAAACCAAAACAUUUUGCAUUAGUGUCUUUGCAUCAGCCCUUACUAUGCAAGUUUAUCCCAAAUCAAAUCUAUCCAGAUAUGUUAUUAAAAAGUCUAAUACGUGUAAGGUUUUUAUCCACAGAAUCUCUGCAAAGAGCUGCACCACAAAAUUGACGUGGUGGAUGAGGAGCGGUAUGACAUUAAUGCUAAAGUCACAAUAAAUGACAAGGAGGUAAGUGAUUUCUACAAACUGCUUUCUAAAUUUUAACCUUUGGGCAAUAAAUUGUACAUCUUACUUCUGUUCUGUAUGUAACCUCUACUACAAGUUACAGUAUAUUGGGGCGGGUUUGUCAUUGGUGUUGCAAACAGAUUCAGGACCUGUCUCAGAAGAUCUUUGAGUUGAAGGGCAAGAUGAAGAGACCAAACCUGAGGAGGGUGAGGGUAUCUGCCGACGCCAUGUUGGGUGCUCUCCUGGGGGCUAAGGUCAAAGAGUCUGUGGACUUUAAGGCCAACCUCAAGACUGUGAAGAAGGAAGAGGAAAAGGUAAGAACUUCUAGAUUUACUUUAAUACUAUGUGAUUUCACUUUAUAAUAACUCACUCUUUUAGGGUCGUCCACUUUGAGUGUAGGUACAUUUAUGUAGGACAUCAUUAGCAAUAAAUGUUCAUGUCAUUCUUCUUAUCAAGACAUGUCAAAAGCAUGUGUAUGUUCAUAUUUUCUUAUCCUCAAUACUGUACACCCAUAUUUAUUUAAAACAAUCCUUUCACUCAACAGAAAGAGGAAGUGACUGAUUGGCGUAAGAACGUGGAGUCCAUGUCUGGUAUGGAGGGCAGGAAGAAGCUGUUUGAUGCUGGACAGUAGAUUUUCUGAAUGUCUUUGAGAAGACGUUUGGUGCUCUUAAACAGGUGAAAGCAGGGAAUAAUGAAUUCAUUUAAUUUGAACAGUUUACAUGAACACCAUAUUAUCAGCAUGUCUGGCACAGUUCAUGUAUCAUGAAUUGUGUAAAUGUCAAUAACUGAACAUGUUCAGCUUGAUGAUAAUUUACAGAAUACAUAUAUUUUUUAAUAUAAUGUAUGCUAUAUUAUGAAAAACAUAUGUAUUUAAUGUACUAUAGCUCUGCAUUGCUUUUGUAGUUUUUUAGUAUGCAUAUAUACUCCUGAACACGGCACCACUACUGGCUGUCCAAAUCAUCUGUCGUAGAAUUACCAACUUGCUUUUUGACCAGCUACAAUAAACACACAAGAAACUGAA